GGAUGUUGUGAAGGCAGGUUGUGACUGACCGAGGCUCACCGAGCAGGGAGGCGGACACACGUUUCGCAUCGUUUAUAUUUCUGCAACGACGGAAUAGCAAGCCCCUUCCCCCCCUUUCCCGCCCCCCCCAUCAAGCUCCCAAGUGAUGAAACCUGAUUCUUCAACAACAGAAACCUUGUGAGAAACAGCGCUGACUGCCUCUCUGCGUGACCGAGGAGAGGACACCCACCACCCGGGCCGUCGGCAGCAGCAGCAGCAGCAGCUGGCUCCGUUAGCGGCUAACCGGCUCAUGUAAACAGGCUUGACUAUUUCAUUGAACCUUCAAGAUGAUAUUCAAGGAGCUGUGUUGCAACUUUACAACUGAAUUGUACAACUUGUGAUGGCAAGACACCACUGACCCAAGAGGGAACAUAAAUCCUGGAUGCCGUGACAUACGGGACGUGGUAAAUCCAAGAUGGAGAAAAAGAAAAUGUGCCCUCGUCUUCUCGACUACUUGGUGGUGGUCGGAGCAAGGCAACCAAGCAGUGACAAUGUGGCCCAGACACCUCAGCUCCUCCGUCGCUACCCGCUGGAGGACCACAAUGACUUCCCACUUCCACCAGACGUGGUGUUUUUCUGCCAACCUGAGGGCUGCCUGAGUAUACGCCAGCGCAGGGUUAGCCUCCGUGACGACUCCUCGUUUGUUUUCACGCUGACAGACAAGGACUCAGGAAUCACCCGCUACGGAAUCUGCGUCAACUUCUACCGAUCUUUUCAGCGAGGACAUCACCGUGCUCGUGGGGAAAAGAGUGGACACACAGAGACAGCAGCACAGGCGGCCAGUGAAGGGUCUGAUGGCAGUGGUGGAGGCCCACCAUCCUCAGAAUCUCCAUCCAAAAGAGCAGAGUCAGCACCUCCGCCUGCCUCAGGAGAGGAUAGUGGACAACCAGGGUCCGAGCUAAAUGCUGGCAAGUCCCCACAGCACAGAAGAAAUGCUGCUAAAAUGGCAGCCAGGAACCGCAACAGCACACUGACCUCGCUGUGCAUACUCAGCCACUACCCCUUCUUCUCCACCUUUAGGGAAUGCCUAUAUAUUCUUAAGAGGCUGGUGGACUGCUGCAGUCAGAGGCUAACCCAACGAGCAGGCCUCCCUCGUGCCACCCAAAGGGACACCAUGUGGCGUGUGUUUACGGGGGCACUGUCAGUAGAAGAGAAAGGAAGCCAGCUGCUGGCCGACCUGCGGGAGAUUGAAUCCUGGGUGUACCGGUUAUUGCGGUCACCUGUACCAGUGGCAGGUCAGAGACGUGUGGACGUGGAAGUCCUGCAAGAUCUUAAACGGGCUCUCACCUUUGCCCUACCUGACAACUCUCGCUUCGCCAUGGUCGACUUCCCACUGCACCUGCCCUUAGAGCUGCUGGGUGUGGACGCCUGUCUGCAGGUCCUCAGCUGUGUCCUGCUAGAGCACAAGGUCAUUCUUCAAUCCAGAGAUUACAAUGCUUUGUCAAUGAGCGUCAUGGCCUUUGUGGCAAUGAUCUAUCCUCUGGAGUACAUGUUCCCUGUCAUCCCCUUACUGCCAACAUGCAUGGCCUCUGCUGAACAGCUCCUUCUCGCCCCCACGCCAUACAUAAUAGGUGUACCAGCCAGCUUCUUCCUCUACAAAGCUGAUUUCAAAAUGCCAGAUGACUUGUGGCUUGUUGACCUUGACAGCAGCAAGGUUAUAGCACCCACCAACGCAGAGCUUCUACCACCUCUCCCAGAGCCGGAAGCAGGCGAGCUGAAGAAACAUCUCAAACAGUGUCUGGUUAGGUUGACCGUGAUCACCCAAAAGCAGAUCUUCUCCUCUGAAAAUAAGGCUCUGGCCAGUAUGAGCUUGAACACCCAGCCAAUUCUGAACCUGGAGAAGUUUCAGGAAGGUCAGGAGAUGCCCCUGCUCCCACCUGGACGAGAUAAAGCUUCACCAUCAUCCACAGAGUUCAACCCUCUUAUUUACGGCAAUGACGUAGAUUCUGUUGAUGUAGCCACCAGGGUUGCCAUGGUGCGCUUCUUCAACUCCCCAAAUGUUCUCCAAGGGUUCCAGAUGCACACUCGCACAUUGCGCCUCUUCCCCCGGCCUGUGGUGGCGUUUCAGGCGUCUUCUUUUCUCGUGUCUCGGCCACGACGCUCUUGCUUUGCAGAUAAACUCUCUCACACCCAGGCGGUGGAGUACUAUGGAGAAUGGGCUCUCAACCCUUCAAACCUUGCAUUCCAGAGGAUACACAACAAUGUAUUUGACCCCUCUUUAAUAGGAGACAAACCUAAAUGGUAUGCUCACCAAUUACAGCCAGUGGUCUACAGAGUGUAUGAUGGGAGCUCUCAGCUGGUUGAAGCUAUGGCUGGUCCCUUGGAGGAUGAAGGCAAUGAGUCUGACCCCACAGACAGUGGCAGUGACAGUGAGGCGUACGAUGACUCCAGCUCAUCCUAUUCUUCACUUGGAGACCUUGUGAGUGAGAUGAUCCAAGGUGACAUCCAGGGAGACACACCAAGCUUGGACCCACCUACCCAUGCUGCUCUGGGAGAUGCUAGUGAGGUUGAGUUUAAUGACUUUGAGGACUUCAGGGAAGGUCAUGGCUCGGGUCAAUCAAGCAUUGACGGACCUGCUGAACCUUCAGAUGGACAACCUCUGCGCUCCAGCUCCAGCACAACUGCAAGCUCAAGUCCAAGCACAAUCAUCCAGGGUGUCAACCAUGAGCAGGGUGAAGUACCCGAAAUCGAAGCUUCAGCGAGUGCAGCUUUACAGAACCCUGUCCCUGCAUUGGGCAGUCAGCCGUUCCUCAGACCUGCAGUUGACUCGGGACUGGCAGAACAAGCCAACAAAAAGCAGGAGUAUGAUAACCCGUACUUUGAGCCUCAGUAUGGCUUCCCCUCAGAGGAUGAUCCUGAUGCAGAGGAGCAAGUGGAGUCAUACACCCCUCGAUUCAACCAGAACCUCAAUGGCAACAAGGUACAGCGGCCUUUACGUCCCAGCAGCCUGAGGCUUCCUGGAGAGUCUGAUGGGGAGGGAGACUCACGCAAUAGCUCGCCUAACUCCACCAUUUCCAACAGCAGCAAUGAUGGACUUGGAGGACUCAUGUCCUUUGCCAGCAAUCUUUACAAGAACCACGGCACCAGUUUUAGUCUGUCCAAUCUGGCCCUUCCCAACAAGGCAGCAAGGGAGAAAACAACACCUUUCCCCAGUUUAAAAGGAGCCCGUGCACCACGAGCACUCGUCGACCAGAAGUCCUCUGUAAUCAAGCACAGUCCAACUGUGAAGAGAGAAUCACCUUCCCCUCAAGGUCGGGUCAACAACACGAGUGAGAACCAACAGUUCUUGAAGGAGGUGGUCCAGAGUGUUCUCGAUGGUCAGGGAGUUGGCUGGCUCAACAUGAAGAAAGUGCGCCGCCUGCUGGAGAAUGAGCAGCUUCGUGUCUUUGUGCUGUCUAAACUGAACAGAGCCAUCCAGUCUGAGGAAGACGCCAGACAGGAGAUCAUACGUGAUGUGGAGGUGAGCAGGAAAGUGUACAAAGGUAUGCUGGACAUCUUGAAGUGCACGGUUUCCAGUCUGGAGCAUUCCUACACUAACGCAGGCCUUGGAGGAAUGGCCAGCGUCUUCAGCUUAUUGGAAAUAGCUCGCACACAUUAUCAAACCAAAGACCCAGAAAAGCGCAAGCGAAGCCCCUCAGACAGUGCUGGCAGCCCGGGGAGCAAAGAGAGUCCUUCUGGUCAUAUGGAGACUGCCAGACCUCAGGGUUUCCUGAAUGUUCCCCACCUGCAGCUGCCGCAUCACACAAUGGGCAGAGGAGCCCGCCAUUUUGAUACCCGGAGUCUGAACGAGGAGAACUUUAUUGCCUCGAUUGAAUUGUGGAGCAAGCACCAGGAUAAGCAAAAAGCUAUGGAAAAACCACAGAGGUCUGAUGGAUCAAAGCAACAGCGCCCCCAGGUGAUUGAUGCAGAGGAGAAGAAAUCACAGAUCAGUGCUGACAGUGGCCUCAGUGUCACAUCUGGAUCUCAGAAAAGCGACACGGAGUCUGUAACGAGCUCAGAGCCACCGAUCCUGACGAGGAGCACCAGCCAGGACUCAGAGGCCAGCACAGUGAUAAGCAACAGCUCUGGUGAGACUCUUGGAGCCGACAGCGACCUCAGCAGUACAGCAGGAGACGGCCUUGGUGGGCGGGUUGCUCCUCAUUUAAAUCAGUCUAGAGGGACUCUUUCUGACAGCGAGAUUGAAACCAAUCCUGCCACAAGCACAGUGUUUGGAAAGACCCACACUCUAAAACCGGGGGCAAAAGAUCAUGCACAUAGUAUGGCAAAGGGGCAGCCUGCACAGCCGAUGGAGGACAUCAGUAUGAGGAUUUAUCUCUGUGAAGGCCUGCUGGGCCGAGAUAAGAGCUCUGUUUGGGAUCAACUAGAGGAUGCUGCCAUGGAAACCUUUUCUCUAAGUAAGGAGCGCUCCACACUGUGGGACCAGCUGCAGUUCUGGGAGGACGCAUACUUAGACGCUGUGAUGUUGGAGCGUGAGGGCAUGGGAAUGGACCAGGGACCUCAGGAGAUGAUUGAAAGAUACUUGUCACUAGGAGAACAUGACCGCAAGCGUCUGGAGGACGAUGAAGACAGACUCCUGGCCACCCUGUUGCACAACAUGAUAGCAUACAUGCUGAUGAUGAAAUUGACCAAAAAUGACAUCAGGAAGAAGGUGAGGCGCCUGAUGGGGAAGUCUCACAUCGGCCUCUCAUACAGCCAAGAGAUCAACGAGAUUCUGGACAAACUGGCCAACAUGAAUGGCCGUGAGCUGCCCAUCAGGCCCAGUGGAAGCCGGCACAUCAAAAAGCAGACAUUUGUUGUACAUGCUGGCACUGAUACCACGGGAGACAUCUUUUUCAUGGAGGUUUGUGAUGACUGUAUAGUCCUGCGCAGCAACAUUGGCACAGUAUACGAGCGCUGGUGGUACGAGAAGCUCAUCAACAUGACUUACUGCCCUAAGACCAAGGUGCUGUGUCUCUGGAGACGCAACGGCCAAGAGACGCAGCUCAACAAGUUCUAUACCAAAAAGUGUCGUGAACUCUACUACUGUGUGAAAGAUAGUAUGGAAAGAGCUGCAGCAAGACAGCAAAGCAUCAAGCCAGGCCCCGAGCUUGGCGGAGAGUUCCCCGUCCAGGACAUGAAAAGCGGUGAGGGUGGACUGCUGCAGGUCACGCUGGAAGGAAUCAACCUUAAGUUCAUGCACAGCCAGGUUUUCAUAGAGCUGAGUCACAUUAAAAAGUGCAAUACAGUGAAGGGAGUCUUUGUCCUGGAGGAAUUUGUUCCUGAAACUAAAGAAGUGGUGAUCCACAAGUACAAGACACCCAUGGCACAUCAGAUCUGUUACUCCGUCCUCUGCCUUUUCUCCUACGUGGCGGCAGUGAAGGGGAAGGAGGCCGAAGGAAAACACAAGAUGCUGUCACCAAGACCCCUUCCUAGCUAGUCCACAUCCUGCGUCUGCUCCCCCUCCUUCGGUGUGCCUCUCUACUUGAAACGGCUUCUCAGCUCUGAAUCCACAGACUUCUGACAAUCCCUAACUUUAGUCUAAGCACACAAUCCCACUCCCUCCUCCUGUACAUACAAGCCUGAAAUCCUUUUAAGUUCCUGUUGUGUAACGUGUUCGGUCUGUGAUGUCGUGUAAAUAAUUGCUCAUUGCUGUCGUCCCCAUGAUCAUACCAACUAGCUAAAGGUUUGCCUGCUCUGUACGCUGGGAGGAACCAUUCCCCCUCGAGCUUCUCUCCUCUGUCUUCUAUUGUUCCCGCUGCCAAGACACAUGUUUUUACCGAUAGGAAAUGUGAGGGAUUUCCCCAAGGCACAAAGUGCAUGCAGGUCCCGUGCACAGCCUUGGAGUGUCACUACAGAGUAGACAACCCCCCCCCCCCCCCUCCCCCCCUCAUUAUAUUCGUCUCCAUCUGACUGUGUGAGUUGUUCUGUGAUAUGUGCUUACUGUAAAGUUCCAGUCUGUCCAAGUUUAAACUGGUGAAACAUCCAGAGACCCUCUCGUAGUGCAGGACAUCCCAUCAUGAAAAAAGCUACUGUACACUGCACCAGAGCACCGCAUGUGAACGCUUCUUCAAAAAGUGUUUGAACCCCAAAAUAAUGUGAGUGUUCUCUGAAUUACUGUUCUAGUUCUGCUGUAAAACUUUCUCGUCUGUGGUCUGCUGUUAUCGAUUGCAUGUUACUAUGAUGAUAACAAAUAAAUAUUAUAUAUAUAUUUCUAUAUAUAGUAUUUAUUUAAUAUAUACAUAUAAUGACUGUACAUUUCUCUGGAAAAAAUAAUGUUACAAAUUGUUGAUUUGCUAGAUGUGCAAUACUCAAUAAGUAGUUAGCCAUUGCCAGAGCCAGGUUUCCUUAAGUAAACCAGCGUCCACAGGGUGAAGAAUGUAAGAAGGACCUUUUGUUUUCUAUAGUGCGUGUUUAUUGACGUGAAUAUGGCGACUGUUUCAAGUUUGUCUUUUUGAAAUCGGGAUCAUACGUGGAAGAAAAACUGCUGCUGUGUUGCUCUCUGUGGGUGCAGACGUCACAGCAGGUACUUUUAAACAAACAGCAGGUGGUGGACAUGCUGGAGAAAGAAUCUUAUUCCAUUUGAAUUCAGCCAUUAUAAGCCAUGUUUGCUGGAUUAUUUCUGUGGUCUGUGUGAGUGGUGCUUGCCAUUUUUAUGCUGAAUUUAAAUGUGGGGGGAAAAAGGAAACAAAGAUAAACUGGUGUAACAUCAAGAUGUGACCACAAGAGGGCGCUUUUUCAAACCUUUUGAAGUACAUUAUGAUCUUUUUAUAUUCAGCCUCAUUAAGUUUAACAUCUACCUGAUCUUUUUUUUGUUUUUUAACUGCUGCAUACAAACAACUUCAGGUACAUGGACCUCUGCCAUAACCAGCAUCUGAGUUGUUCUUUUCUGUUAAAUGUUUGAAAAUGUCCAUCGCUGAGGGAUCAUUAAAUGAUAAGAACAAAAUAAGUGUCAACAAAACAGAUGUAACAGAGAGCAUCUGUUGCUGCUACUUAUCAAGAAAAAAAAAAGAACACAAACGUUCAUUCAGUGAGACUAAAACUAGCUAUUAAAACCAGCAACUAAUGGAAGAUAAAUAAGGCUACCUGUAACAUUCAAACUUUACAGGUACAGGAUGACUUUUGUCAGAAAUAGGGACUUGUCCUCUGCUGUGCCUCUGUUGUUCUCAUCUCAUGAGCCUUUCUAUCACUGGCUGUACAGAAUGAAUAACAUCGUAACAACCAGGGUCUAACAGGCCGUGAAAUAAUGUUACCUGCCCUACUUUGAAAAAAAACCCCAGAAGGAAUAAGUAGCACCCUACAUUUACCAGCCAUGGAAUAAUUUAAAAGAUUGAAUAUUAACAGCAACCACUUGUGGAAACUGUGAUGGAAUCAGUGCAAAAAUGUCUCCUGCAAUUACAGUAGGAAAGCAACAAAAUGAUGUUAACUAAUGAUAAAGCAUUAGAGCAAAACAUGUCAGAAAAUGGUGAAGAGUUCUAGUUAAAGUCAGUUGAAUGCACCAACAGUAAUCAAUAAGUUAUUAAAUCAUCUGUCAUAGAACAUCAGUGAAAGAUUGUUUCAUUUUGAAGCAGGAAGAAGUGAUUUAUUUUUUGUACCUGAGCACCUGAAAGAUGAGCUUUUUGUCAGAGUAUGGUGUCAGUCUGAUCUGUGACAAAAGUCUGAAGCCCUCAGAAGUCACAGCAGCAGUUUUCCACCCUGAGUCUGAUCUUCUGACGUGUUGAACGCUAACAGCUGUGGUCAUCUGAUCCUCCAGUCUUAAUGUUGUUUCUGUUCUGUGAUAGUAAAGAACAGUUGAAUCUGGUCCUAACGCUGGCUCAUUUGACUUUCACGAGUGUGUGUUUUUGUGUGUGUGUGUGUGUUUUCUCCAGAUCAGCAAUAUAUCGGUACAGUUAUUUCACUGGAAGAUGUUCUUUAAACUCUGACAAGCUUAUUUUUGAGUGAUUUAACUGUGCAAAGAAAGGCGAUGAUUGGGAUAUUCGGAGGAUCCUGUUUCAUCAAUAAAUGAAAAUGACAGAAACUGGAUCUGAAGCGUCUCUGAAGUUGGUUUGUGAAUGGGACAUGGCUCGUUCUGCUUAUGAUUGUUUGUUUUUGUUUACUGGACUAUUACAGCUCAUCCCUGUCAUUGUUUAAGCCAGCUGCUGUAAUGAGAGGGAAUAAAUGAAAUGAGAUGUCAGGUGUAAUAAUUCCAGUAUUUAAAAAAGUAUUUAUAGAACAUGUACAGCUUUGGCAAUAUAAUAAAGUUGUUGCAAAUGAA